AAGUAAACGGAGGGAGUUUCAUCUGUUCGUCAGUUUGAGUUUUUAUUUACAUUCUAAAGAGAAAAUCUAAUAAACUUUAUUUAACUUUAUUUAACUUUAUUUAACUUUAUUUAACUUUAUAAACAGUCUGUUUACGCUGAUUAGUUUUUGUCUGCAGUAAAACGAUGAGUGAUCUGGAGGACGACACCAUCAUCUUCUCCACACUGAAGUCAUUUAAGAGUUUAAUAUCUCGCCCUGAGACCUCAGUGUUGGAGCCUGAGACCUCAUACAACAGGAGCGACCUUCAGAAACUCUACACACAAAGAGUCGAGAUGGAGGAAGCAGCUGAACGAAUCCACUCUAAAAGGAGUCUGCUGCAGCUCACUCAGGAGAAACAGCAGAUGGAGCUGAGCCACAAACGAGCGAGAAUCGAGCUGGAGAAAGAGGCUCAUAACAGCUCCAGGGAUUUACAGAGACAAAUGGACCUGAACCAGGACCUGCUGAUGAAGGUCAGGCGUCUGGAGGAAAAAGAGGAGAAAACUCUGCAAGCUCUGAAUGAACAGCUGGAAAACAACAAGUCCCUAAAGAGGAACAUGGAGGACCUCCAGAAACACGUGCAGGAGAAGGAGAGCAAGCUGUCUGAGAGCAUCCAGAUGGUGAGCGAACUCAAGGACGAGAUCCGAACACUGAACCAGAAGCUACAGAUCCAGGAGUCGAAGUUCUCCACACAGAAUUUGGAGAAGCAGGCUUUAGAGGAGCAGCUUGAGAUGCAGCAGAAGAAGUACCAGGAGGUCUGUCAGAAGUACCAGAUGCUGCAGAUGUCCCAGAUCUCCAACACUGACAGUGAAAUCAAAAUUAAGGAGCUGAAGAGGCGUUUGGAGCUCCAGGAGCAGGACUCGAUCAUUGUGAAGAACAUGAAGACAGAGGUGACCCGGCUUCCUGAACUGAAGAGAGAAAUCAAACAGCUGCAGGAAGAAAACACAUAUCUCAGAGAGAUGCAGGAGAACAACAGCCUCCUGAAAGAGGAGACAGAUGGAUUGAAAAGGAAGCUGGAGAGGAUGGAGAAAGUUCAAGAAGAGAAACUAAAGCUAGAACUGGAAAAAGAGAAGGUAGUUCAGGAGCUGCAGGCGUGGGAGAACCUCGGCCAGACCAGCGGCCUCAACAUCAGGAAGCCAGAGGACUUGUCCAGGGAAGUGAUGCAGAUCCAGCAGAGAGAACUGAGUCUCAAACAACACAACUACACUCAGAACAGCAAAAUUCGUGCGUUGGAGAAGACGUUGGUGCAGCUGCAGUCUGAGACGUCUGAGGUCCGUGCCAAAGCGCUGGAGGAGCAGAAGAAGCGUGAAAACCAGGAUGCGCUGGUCCGCCGGCUGCAGAAGAGAGUUCUGCUGCUUACUAAGGAGCGUGAUGGUAUGAGGGCGAUACUGGAGUCUUAUGACAGUGAACUAGCAGCUAGUGAAUACUCUCCUCAACUCACACGCAGAGUUAAAGAAGCUGAGGAGAUGCUGCAGAAAGUCCAGAGUCACAACACUGAGAUGGAGAUUCAGCUUUCUAAAGCUCAGGAAGAUGCUGGAACCUUCAAACUACUAGCUCAACAGGCUGCUGUGGAACUGGAGGCUCUAAAAGAACAGAAGUCUACUGUUUCUGAGGCGAAUGUCAUAGCAACAGAGGAGGAGAUUAAAUUCUUAAGGCAGAAGAUUGAGGAGCUGGAGUCGGAUCGCCAGAAGCUGGAAGAACAAAACGGUGUUCUGGAGAUGAGAUUAGAAAGACACAACCUGCAGGGAGAUUACGAUCCUGUGAAGACGAAGGUGCUGCACUUCCGUCUGAACCCCACCAGUGUGGCCAAGCAGGAGCGAGUGGAGGAGGUAGGGCAGCUGAAGGUGGAGUGUGAGCGUCUGAGAGAGCGCCUUCGAAAGCUGGAGGCAGGAGGAGCCGUCACCUCUGACGACACCACCCUCAUCAUACCGCCGUCUCAGGAAAUACUCGAUUUGCGGAAACAGAUGGAGAGCGCUAAACUGAAGAACCAGCGACUGAGGGAGGUGUUCCAGAAGAAGAUCCAGGAGUUCCGCACCGCCUGCUACGUUCUGACCGGAUACCAGAUCGACAUCACUGUGGAAAACCAGUACCGCCUCACCUCAGUGUACGCCGAGCGCAUGGACGACUCACUGCUCUUCAAGGCCAGUGGAGCAGUAGGAAGUGGAGAGAUGCAGCUCCUGGAGACUGAUUUCUCCCAGACGUUGACGGAGCUGGUGGAGCUUCAUCUGUUUCACCAGAAGAGCAUCCCGGUGUUCCUCAGUGCUGUAACACUCGACCUGUUCAGCCGCCAGACUGUGGUUUAAACACUGUAGUCUCAGAACUCUCUCUCUCUCUCACACACACACACGUGCGCGCACACACACACACACACACACCCCCCACCCCUGUUCUACUGAGAGCUCCCUCUACACACUGCUGAGCUGCUCAUCUUCUACAGAUAUAACGAUAUGCAAAUACUGAAUUCUCCAAAUAUAAAGAUGUUUUAGUGUCUGUGACUGUAGACGCUCACAAUGUGUUUUAUUACAACUCAGAGAGAUAAAAGUAUUGGCCCCCUGCCAGUGCUCAUCAUUCUUAUUCUUUCCUGUUGCAUGUUUUUAUCUGUAAACCUCACUGAGGCUGGAGAAGAGGUAUUACACACACACACACACACACACACACACACACACACACACACACACACACACAGUGUACACUUCAUUUGGCUGUUUGAUUUGUGCACUGCUGUAAAAAGACAUUACAAUUAUGGAAAUGUGGCUCAGUUACACUCAUGUUGCUGAAAUAAAGAUUUACACUGUUA